UUAAGGCGGUCCACAGACAGCAGGCACCUAACACGUUUUGUUUAAUGCUCGCCUAUGUCUGCUGAGCUAGGAGUGGAGUGCUCUUUACGUUUAACAGAUCCACUGGUAUUGUACAUUCCAUCUGCUGGACGUGUUCUAACGCCAUGGCCGAAUCGAUACGUGCGUUGUGUGAUGAGCUUAAAAAGGCUGUGAACGUGAUGAUGGAGGCAGAAUCAAGUCAAACAUACCGUCUGGAGGCCCUAAAGUUUAUUGAAGAUUUCAAAGAGAAAAGUCCCUUUUGUGUUGAAUGUGGUCUUCAGUUAGCAGAGAAAUCACAGACUGCUGUGGUAAGACAUUUUGGGCUGCAGAUACUGGAGCAUGUAGUCAAGUUUAAGUGGAAUGACAUGGCACCACAAGAAAAGCUCCAGCUGAAAAACUGCACUAUGGGCCUGUUGUCAGAUGGUACACAUCCAAUUCUGCAAGAGGAAUGUCAUGUUAAAGAUGCCCUCUCACGCAUAGUUGUUGAGAUGAUCAAGAGAGAGUGGCCACAGCACUGGCCCGACAUGCUUAAGGAGAUGGAGGCCCUUACGUCCAUGGGGGAUGCUCAGACGGAACUUGUAAUGCUUGUCCUACUGCGGUUGGCUGAGGAUGUGAUCACAUUUCAGACAUUACCCACUCAAAGACGGCGAGAUAUCCAGCACACCCUUACACAGAAUAUGGACAGUAUUUUCACCUUUCUGCUUGGAAUAUUACAGCUCCAUGUGAAUGAGUACAAGAAGUUGAAAUGCAUUGGUGGUCAGGAAUUGAAGGCAAAAGCUCACUGGCGAGUUGGUGUAGCCACACUCAACACUCUGGCUGGCUACAUUGAUUGGGUUGCCCUGGUCCAUAUCACCAAUGAUAACUGCCAUCUUUUGGAGAUCUUCUGCCUGUUGCUGAGCGAACCAGAUCUUCAAUUGGAGGCUGCAGAGUGUCUGCUAAUUGCCAUUAGUAGGAAAGGAAAGUUAGAGGAGAGGAAGCCAUUUAUGCUACUUUUUGAUGAAGUUGCCAUGAACUACAUCCUGUCUGCUGCACAGUCAGCAGGUGGUGCAGCUCUCUGUAACCAAUCAUCAGGCAGCAUUGUGGAAAGAAGAUACACUUUUUUGAAGAGGCUGUGCCAGGUUCUCUGUGCCCUGGGUAGCCAAAUCUGCUCUCUUGUGGGUUCCGAUAUUGAAGUACAAGUUCCUGUUAAUCUGGAUAAAUACAUGGAAGCUCUUUUUGCCUUCACUACUCAUCCUAGCCAGUUUCUUAGGUCUUCCACUCAGAUGACCUGGGGAAACCUAUUCCGACAUGAAAUUUUAUCAAAGGAUCCUGUAGUUCGCAAGAUGGCGAUAAAAUAUUUAAGAGCUGCAAGGAUCAAUCUUGUUAAGACUGGAUUUCCAUCCAAAAAUGAUUGUUCAGGUUGUGAAUUCUCUAGAGUGGACUUUGAUAGUGAUGAAGAUUUCAACUGCUGCUUUAAUUCUUUCAGGGCACAGCAGGGAGAAGCAGUUCGUCUAGCUUUUAAAAUUGUCCCAUUUGAGGCCUUCCAAAUUGCAAGGGAAUGGGUGCAGUAUCAGAUCUGCACACCUAUAGAUACUGGAAAUACAACAUCAGUUCAGUGGGAUGCCAUGACAUUCUUCACAGAAAGUGUAUUUGGACAGCUCUUCAAAAUUCUUGAAAAGGAGAAAAUUCCCGUAGAGGAGGGUAUGGAGCUGCUGCAGAUGGUUGUAAACUAUGAGACAAGAGAUCCUCUCAUUCUGUCUUGUGUUCUUACCAUCAUAUCCACUCUUUUUCCCUUUGUCACACACCAACCCCACUUUCUGCCUCAAGUACUCUUUAAGAUAUUUCCGUCCAUCACAUUUGAAUUGGUGGAAGAAUGCAAGGCACCUCGAACGAGAGCUGUUAAGAAUCUCAGAAGACAUGCCUGUUCUUCCAUUAUUAGGAUAUGUCGAGAUUAUUCUGAUUUUAUGCUGCCAUGCUUUGACAUGAUGUAUGAGCAUGUGAAAAAGUUGAUCUCCAAUGAGCUGCUGCUGACACAAAUGGAGAAGUGUGCUCUUAUGGAAGCCCUGAUUCUAAUUAGCAAUCAGUUUAAAGACUACAACAAGCAGAAAGCCUUUCUGAAAGAACUUAUGGCACCUAUUACGUCACAGUGGCUGUCAGAGGAGAUGAAGAGUGUAUUAUGGGACCCUGCUACCUUCUUGGCAUAUGUUGGUGCUGAUCAGUUGAUCAGUAACGCUGACACAGAGGAUCAGAUGGGUAUCAACAGGUCACGGAUUAGUUUUUGUGUGAACACCAUACUUGGAGUUGUAAAACGUGCUCGUUGGCCUCCCAAUAUUGAUGAGGCAAAAGCAGGAGGCUUUAUUGUCAGCACAACCUCUGAUGGGGCCCCUAUCUACAGAAACCCUUGUGCGGAACCCCUGAAGGCCUUGCUGCCUAACCUUUUUGCUCUUAUCAGGACCCAAAAUAGCUUGUUUUUGCCAGACAACAUCAACCGGCUUAGCAAGACUUUUACAAGGGUCUAUGAUAUUAUGGAUGUGGAGAAGAAUUUUGCUUUAGGAAUUCCUCAACCACUUUUAGAUGCCUACGACUCUUCAGCAUACAGAAACAUUGCUGAACGCAUGCAAGGCUUCUUCUCUUCACUCUAUGAUAACUGUUACCACGUGCUGGGGAAUGCUGGUCCCUGCAUGCAACAAGACUUUUAUGCAAUUGAAGGCUUGGCAGAGCAAAUUGUUGGUUCUGCGUUUACCCAUCUAGACAGUGUUCCAGACCACAGGCUCCGCCCCAUAGUUCGCCUGUUCAUGAAGCAGCUGGUGAUGUCCUGCCCUCAAAAUUAUUAUGACAGCCUUCUUAAUCCUUUGCUGGGCCCACUGUUUACCUAUCUGCUGCAGAGACUGAACUUUCGGUGGCAGAUCAUCAAUCAACGGACCAGUCUGUGUACUCAGGAGGAGGAUGAGGCGUACGAAGAGAACCAUGUCACUCAGGAAGUGGUGGAAGAGCAGCUUUUGCGGCUGGUCACAAGGGAAGUCAUGGAACUUUUAAGUGUAACUUGCAUUACAAGAAAAUUCCCAGAGCUAUCUGCAAACAAAGAGGAAGUAGAUGGAGACGAGGAGAUGGUGUCGAUUAACUCCUCACAGGGAAUUCAAGUUACUAUACCUUCAGAUGAGCUCUCAGAAUUGGGCAAGUGCCUUCUCCAGAAUGAGGAUAUAUAUAUGACUCUCCUGACUAUAUGUUUUAACUCCCUUUCCUGGAAAGACACUAUAAACUGUCAACGGUGUGCUAAUGUGCUUUGCUGGACUUUGCUAAAACAGGUGCUUGGCUGUAACCUUCUCCCAGAUGCUGUGACAUGGCUCUACACCAGUGUACUGAAGGGUCUGCAGAUGCAUGGGCAACAUGAAGGCUGCAAUGCUGCGCUAACUCAGCUGGCCUUGCUCAUCUACGAGUCUCUAAGGCCUCGAUACACUGAGCUGCGUUUCAUCAUGAAUCAGAUCCCUGAUAUCCAUAUUGAAGCCCUGGAGCAGUUUGAUCAGAAGACCAUACAAUCCACCGUAUCAAAGGCAGGAGAGAAGAAAAAGAAGGAGCAGUUUAAAAGGCUCAUUGCAGGCACUGUUGGGAAACCCCUUGGACAACAGUUUAAGAAGGAAGUACAUAUCCGAAACCUUCCGUCUCUGUUUAAGAAGCCAAAGUCUACGAGAGAUAUGCUGGAGAACACUGAUACUGCAGGUCUGAUUACCCUAUUUUCUUCUGACCAUGACAGUUGCUGAAAGAAUCAAUAUCAUUCUUUGCCAUUGAAGCUCCCCUGUGUGGUACAGUAUACAUUUGAAUGGGUUUUCUGGGUGAAUGGUUUAUUGAAAAUAGGAAAGAUGACAAGGACUUUUGUGUUUAAUGUUAUUUGGAUGUACUUUUUUUCUUUCUUCUUUUGUAUGGUUUUUAGAUAACGUAUCAUUUAAUGAAUAACAAAAAUAGCUGUAAGAACGCUUUAUUGGGGAAAAAAACUAUUGAAAAAAAAAACUUUCGAAAAAGUUAAAGGAGAAAAGUCUUGUUAAUUACAGUACCAUAUCCUCUCUGGGUGUCUAAUCCAGCACUACAUUCCAUUAUGCAAUGGCCAAUUUAUAAAUAAAUAACACAUUCAACACUAAUUGCCAUUUGACAAUUCUGUGCACAAAUUGUGUAAAAAAAAAAAAAAAGUGUUGUGAUUUAUACACUAUACAAUUUUUAAUAAAUGUAUACUUGGACAGAUUACACAGACUGUAUGCACUCUUUCUUAAGUUGUGAAAUGCAAAGAAUGUUGUAAUUUGCCAGAAGAGAAUGAGUCUUAAUUAUAUGAAAUCCUGGCAGCUUUUUGUUUCUGGAAGAAUUUCUGAAUUUACCUCAGAAGAAGAAAACUAAGUGAUGCAUUGUGCAACUAGAUCCAGUGGAGGAUAUCAUUCCGAUGAAUAGUUUAAGAUUACUUGCAUUUGUUGCAUGUGUUAUUGUUAGUGUCAUUUUACAAGUUAGUGUUUUUCCAAACUAUAGUUCCUCAUUACAUGUGUGAAAUUAAGUGAAAAUGUGUCAUUUCCUUGUCUAAAUGUCUCUCAAUGCCAGGAUGUUUAAUUUUUUUAUAACAUAAAACCACAAUAUUUUAAAGUGAUAAGUGUUAACAAACACUAUGAAUGAAUGUUUGGCACAGAUGUAUGUUACUGUUCAAUUUUGUGUUCAGAUUGGUGUGUCUAAUCUUGUAUCUUUGACCUGUAAAAUUUUUUAUAAUUUAAUAUUUAGAAUUUAACAUUUUAAAUUAUAUUAAUUUACAAUGUGUUAAUAAUAAUAAUUUGCAAUAGUGAAUGAAUAAUAAUUUAAAAGCCACAUUAUUUCACUCCCCUCACACUUUCUUAUCUGCCUCAGUAACAUUCAUAUUGAUCUACCAUAUUGAAAAGUGCUUUAAACUUUAAAAUGUGAAAUGCAGAAUUAAUUGUUAAACCGGGAUUAAAGGAAAGUUUUUAUGAAGAUUUUUGACAGGACUACCAAGAACAUAAAACAUGUUGGAUAGAAUCAAUGUGUGUUUAGAUGUUUGUGUUACUAACCAAUUAAAAAAAAUAAAUAAAAAACAAGCAAAACUGU